AUGCAGCUCGAAAGAGAGUUCUUCACCGAAUAUGGAGAGGCAGGAAGAUAUGAAGUUCAAGACGUGGUUGGAAAAGCCAGUUAUGGUGUUCGUGUCCUUGAUGCCCUUUUCCCUUCAGUGCUUGGUGGCACAUGUGCCAUUCCUGGUGCCUUUGGCUGUGGGAAAACUGUUAUCAGUCAAGCUCUAUCCAAGGUAUCAGGACCAGUUGUCACUGCAGAUGGAAUGGCUGGUGUUGCUACAUAUGAACUUGUCCGUGUUGGACUUUAUGAAGAGACAGCUGGAUUGAUUGUGAAUGAUCCUGUUUUACGGAAACACAAGCCUCUGUCAGUAGAGUUGGGCCUUGGAAUCUUGAGGAACAUAUUUCAUGGUAUUCAGAGGCCUAUGAAGACUUUUGCUAAAAUAUCAAAUGAUGUGUACAUCCCACGUGGUGUAUCUGUCCCAGCACAUGACGAGGACAUCCUUUGGGAAUUUCAACCGAAACGAUUAGGUGAGGGAGACCUUGUGACAGGUGGCGAUCUAUAUGUUCGUGUCCUUGAUGCCCUUUUCCCUUCAGUGCUUGGUGGCACAUGUGCCAUUCCUGGUGCCUUUGGCUGUGGGAAAACUGUUAUCAGUCAAGCUCUAUCCAAGGUAUCAGGACCAGUUGUCACUGCAGAUGGAAUGGCUGGUGUUGCUACAUAUGAACUUGUCCGUGUUGGACUUUAUGAAGAGACAGCUGGAUUGAUUGUGAAUGAUCCUGUUUUACGGAAACACAAGCCUCUGUCAGUAGAGUUGGGCCUUGGAAUCUUGAGGAACAUAUUUCAUGGUAUUCAGAGGCCUAUGAAGACUUUUGCUAAAAUAUCAAAUGAUGUGUACAUCCCACGUGGUGUAUCUGUCCCAGCACAUGACGAGGACAUCCUUUGGGAAUUUCAACCGAAACGAUUAGGUGAGGGAGACCUUGUGACAGGUGGCGAUCUAUAUGUUGUUUCUGUUAAUUACAAGUCUAGCAUAAGUAAUAGUGGUAUUGGAAUGAUAUGCAGUGUAUUCCCUGAAACCCUAACAAGAAUGCUUGUUGCUCGAUGA